AUGGCAGUGAUAGACCUUGUAUUUCUUUUCAACAUCUCCGAGAGAUGGUUCUUUCGCAAAACACAGUUUGACCAAGUGAUUGGGUGUGCAAGAAAAGAGCAAGUUAGUACCUCGUAUCUAAACAUCAACCUUGUGGAGCCAAGACUAACUCAGUCAUACAAGCAUGUUAUAAGGAACUUUAUCCGUGAGAUCAAACUGCAGAGCACAGAAAUGGAAAACCUGGCCAUUGCAGUGAAGAGUGAAAAGGUGUGCACCCUCUUGAAUGUCAGAGCCCAGGACAAGACAGCCAUGCAGCUGAGUGAGUUGGAAGAGGAAAUGGAUCAGAGGAUUCAGGCAGCAGAACACAAGACAUGUAAAGAUGAAAAAUGUAAGGCUGAGGAAGCCCUCAGUGACCUCAGAUGUCAGUAUGAAACAGAAGCAGGAGAUUUACGGGUGACAAUAAAGAAACUUAAAAAGGAAAAUAAGAAAGUUAAGAAAGAUCUUUUAGAAGCACAGACAAACAUAGCCUUUCUUCAGAGUGAAUUAGAUGCUUUGAAAAGUGAUUAUGCUGAUCAGACUCUGAAUUCAGAAAGACAUGAGGUGGGGGCCAAAUGGGGGCUGGUGUACACAGAAGAUCGAAAUAGUCUUGAGAGGCAAAUUGAAAUACUCCAAACAGCUAACCAGAAGUUACAUGACAGUAAUGAUGGCCUUAGGAACGCCCUUGAAAACCGUUACAGCAAGUUCAACGGAUCUUUGCACAUAAGUAAUAUAUCACGAGGGAAUACAAUUUCUAGGAGCAGUCCCAAAUUUAAUGGUCAUUCUCCUCAUCCUCUGAGCUUUGACGGGUCAUCCCACUCCUCCUACGUGGAUGAGGACUGUGACUUGUUGGCCCUCUGUGACCCUAUGCAGAGGAUGAAUUGUGAAGACAGCCUUCCCGAGAGCUGCUUUGACAGCGGCUUGUCUACCCUGAGAGAUUCCAAUGAAUAUGACUCAGAGGUGGAAUACAGGCACCAGAGGGCACCUCAGAGGUCACACGACAUGCAGAGGUCACACGACAUGCAGGAGAGCUUUGGGGGUGAUGCUUCAGACAUAGACAUAAGCCCCAGAAAUCAGUGUCUCCUGGGCCUUCGAUGGAAAUCUAUCAUUUCCAUCUGUUACCAACAGGUAACAGAUAACUGUUUGACUUGUAUCUGUCAUGGGAAUAUGACUUAA